UGAUUUCAAUUCAUUCACCAGUGAACGGUAAAGUAGUCCGCCUGUUUGACGAACGUUGUCACGAACUGUGUGUGUCAUUAUAUCAACCGGCAACAUACGACAAAAUAAAUAUUUUAUAUGAAUAUUAAGGCAUUUUGAGAAUAAAUAGUGAUGUUUUUCGUGAUAAUAUUAUGUAUUUUAGUGUUCAUAUAUGUAUACAGCUCUUGGACUUUUGAUUACUGGAAGAAAAAAGGCAUUAAACAUGAUCCACCUGCACCGUUUUUUGGCACAAAUAGUAAACAAUUUCUGCAAAAGGCAAGUAUGUCGAUGAUGGCUGAGGAGAUGUAUUAUAAAUACCCAAAAGAGAGAGUGGUGGGUUUCUUCAGAGGCAGGAAACCAGAGCUUGUCAUUCGUGAUCCAGAAAUUGCGAAGCGAAUUCUGGUAACCGAUUUUAAUAAUUUUUAUAGCCGAGGUUUUGUGCCGCAUAAGACGAAUAUAGAGCCUUUAUUGAAGAACAUAUUCUUUGCCGAUGGAGACUUGUGGAAACUCUUAAGACAUAGAUUCUCACUAGUAUUUAGCACGGGAAAGAUUAAAGCGAUGUUUUCAAUCAUAACAGAGAGAGCGGAAAAACUGCAAACAUUAGCUGAAAAAGUGUCGGAAUAUGAUUCUUAUGAUGCACGUGAAUUAAUGGCAAGAUACACGACGGACUUUAUAGGUGCGUGUGGAUUUGGUCUUAAUAUAGAUACUUUGAACGAUGAAACGUCGGAAUUCAGGAAGUUAGGGAAAAGAAUAUUCGUUCGUACCCCAGCUGAUGCAACACGGGGUGCUUUAAAAUUGAUAUUUCCAGAGCUGUGUAAGAAUCUGCAUUUUCUGUCUUCAGAAUUAGAGAAAUCGAUGAAUUAUUUAGUUCAUACUGUUUUGAAGCAAAGAAAUUACGAGACAUCAGGUAAGAAUGAUUUCAUCGAUUUAAUGCUGGAACUAAAACAAAAAGGAAACAUGGUUGGAGAAUCCAUUGAGGAGAAAAAUCCUGAUGGCUCACCCAAAACCAUAGAGUUGGAACUUAGCUUUGAUUUAAUGAUUGCUCAGGUAUUUGUCUUUUUUGGUGCUGGAUUCGAAACAUCAUCAACUUCUUCGAGUCAUACCCUACAUCAGCUAGCUUACCAUCCAGAGAUCCAAAGGAAGGUUCAAGAAGAAAUUGAUAGAGUUUUGAUUAAGUAUGAUAACAAAAUUACCUAUGACGCAGUGAAUGAAAUGAAUUAUUUGGAGAAAACUUUCUACGAAUCGCUAAGGAUGUAUCCGCCAGUUGCUUUUCUAAUGAGGGAAUCGGCGAAAAAAUAUACGUUCCCGGAGCUUGACUUGACUAUCGAUGAAAACAUGAAAGUUAUAAUUCCCAUAAAAGCUAUAUUCAACGACGAAACCUACUUUGAAGAGCCAAACAGAUUUAAUCCAGACAGAUUCCAAUCACUGAAGGAUAUGAAGAACCAUAUCUUCAUUCCCUUUGGAGAUGGACCACGAGCUUGUGUUGGUGCAAGACUAGGUCUGAUGCAAUCGAUGGCUGGGAUCGCGGCAAUAUUACACAGGUUUGAUGUUGAACCUUCUUCGGAAACCAUUCGAAAUCCCAAACCGGAUCCAACUGGAAUUGUGUCGGAGAAUUUCGCGGGUGGACUGCCUCUUAAGUUUAGAAAACGAAAGUGCGCUAUGUAAUUUAUUGUUAACAACUCAAACCAAAAUUCGAUGGGGCUGUCAAGUAAUUUGAAAACUGACAGAUAGAUGGACCGACUUACAGAAGAGUGUUAGUUAGUAAUCUGCGGGUACGUUAGCCAUGGAAGUAAUAUUUUUUAUCUUUAAUAAAAGUUUUUCAAAAGUUUAUCCACAAUUUGUGUCUUGUCCGGCUCGCAUUUCACCAGUUUUUCUAUUGAGAUAGAUAGAUACAGACUUACGGCCGUUUUCAAUAACGUUUCUCUAGUUACGGAUACAUUGCUAUCACCGUUUAAUGACAAGAUCUUAUCAAUCCAUAGUUAUGUCCAAUGUAGUUAUAUUAUUAGUUAUAGUCCAAUGCUAUCUGUCGAUAGGUUAUUGAAAUGUAAGUAAGCGUAAAAGGAUAGAUUCAUCUACCUCUAGUAAGUUAAAUUAAGGAAAGAUAGGUUAUUGAAAACGGCCGUAAGAGAGACUUCUAACUGUACAGAGAUACAGGUAGAAGAGUCUGUAAAUCUGUGGUAAAUACAGAUUUAACAUACACUUAACACAUACUAGCGUAUAGAUCAAUAGAGCAGGCGAGAGAGAAGAAUAUAUCGGAAGAAGAUACAGCAAGAUAGAAAAUGAAAGCGUAUUUAUAGUUUUUUGUAACCGAUUAUGAUUGAUAAGCUGUAAAAGUCAGCCACGCUUGGGAUUAGCUCGUUAUCAUUCUGAAUAGUAACCAACUAGCUAACGCACACACUGACAAUUAUAAUUGGUCACGUAUUAUUGGGCUGUCAGAUCGUCUAUACGCUGAUAAAUUAUUCUAAGUAUAUUAUGGUUAAUAAUAAGCUAGCUAUAUUUGCAUUUGAUUUUUUUUAAGUUGAGUAAGGGUGUUGGAUUAGUGUUAACCAAUGACGUUCUAUACAAAUACAAGGACAUAAUAUUAUCAUUCGCAGUCUGAUAGCGCAACGGCAAAAGUACCUAUGCUUACUUUACAUUGCUGCUUAUUUAAUAUUCCUGCUUAUUUUAUAAGAAAUUUUUAAGCAACUGAAGUAAUUUGCGGCAAUGUAUAGGAUAUAUAUCAGUCGAAGCUCAUUAUGGUGUAUUUUUGUAGCAUGUUCCAUAUUUCGGCUUUUUUUUUAUACGGCGUUAUCUGUUAAUAUGUAUAAAGCGUCAUCGUUCGUGUUAAUACAUAAAGUAUCUUUUAAAUUUAUCAGUCCGUUUGCUAGUGUGUCAAAAUGUUGACCAAUAUUUACUGUUGUAAUAACCACAUUAAUAUUCUUGAAGUGAAAACUUCUUAAGGCGCGCUUAGAACUUUAUUUUUUGCAUAUUUAAUGAGAAUGACCUGUCACGCUCAGCCAUGUAACGCUCAUUCGGUUAAAGUCACCUGGAGCUGAAUAAGGGACACUCGCUCAGUAAACAUGUAUUUCGUGUUGUCAACCUCGCCUUUUUGAAGUUUUCAUUUCAUCAGUACGUUGACAAGACGUAGUCGAUGGAAAUGGCUGGUAUUAUGAUAAACAAUUACAAUUUUCUUAAGAACUUUAAAGAAUCAAAAAUGCGUAUAAAUUUUCCUACCAUGCAGGUUUAGGACUUUACCGUAUUCGAAAUUUAAUAAUUCAAUCACGUUCAGUAUGACAUAAUAAUAUAUAUAGUUAUCUGAAAUGUCAUAUUGAACCAAAAUAUCCGACUGUUAUAUAAAAAAUGUAUUUGAUAAAACAAAAGUAGAAGUAGAGGUCAAAAGAGCAUCAGAGCUUGUAACUGUAUUAUGAAUAAUAACAACUCACUGAUAAGAUUGUUGUAAUUAAGUAAUCGCAAAGUAUCUUAAAGUUUUAUGCUGUAUUUAAAGAAACACACUUAUUUUUCAAUGACUUUGAUUAAAUUUAUGCAAACAA